CAUUGGAGUUUCAAGCGUGUAGUGAAGGGCUCAUGGAUUCACGGCAUCAAGCAAAAGCUUCGUCCAACCCUAAAGCUAUGAAUUCAAGUAUCAAGAUAUCAGAGCUAAGUGGAAGAGAUCAUGUGGAGGAAGAAGAUGAAGAACAACAGGGGGACUCGCAACAAAAUGCAUAUACAGAUCUUAUGAAUAUGGCUCCCCUAAAUACUGCUAUGACUGAGCUCCUAGAACGAGGGGAGCUUCCAGUAGGGGCAAUUACGUCGGCACAUGUGGGAUCCACGGAAGAAGUUUUAGGGCUUCCCUAUAUGGAGUCAUGUGUUACGAUACCAGAACUAGGAGGGACAGACCAUGUUGAGGUAGAGAUGAUUGAGGCCGAACCUGGCGACAACGAUGAAAAUGAAUAUGAAGAUGGGCAGCAAAAUGAAUACACAAAGCUGCUGAAUAUGGAGCCAAUGAGUGCAUCUAUGACUGAGUUUCUGGAACAUGCUCAGCUAGGUGAAGGUUCCUCAACAGCUUCGACAUCAGCUAUUUCAGAUGAAGCAGAAGUAUUAGGGCUGACACAUUCCAUUCCAACAAUUGAAGCUGAUGAUGUUGGGGAAGAGAGCUAUUUAGGAAUGACUGCCGUUGAAGCAGCAGGCGAGGAAACAGAAGAUGAUGAAGAUACACUGACGGAACCCCUUGACAAACAGAGCCAGGAAGAGCUCAUAAAUCGCCUCAUGACAGAUGGAAUGUCCUUUUCUGAGGUUGCAGCUCUGUGGGGUGAGGAUGCUGAUGCUGAUAGCGAUGUGGAGGAUACGCCAGCAAUGGCACUGAAUAAAACGGAGGAGAAGGAGGAUCACGCAGCGGAAUUCGAGAAGGAAUUAAAUGAACAGCAAAGAUAUCAGUUGAAGCGCAAAGGUGGUGGAGAGAAGAGGCGAAGAAGGCGUCUGCCGGCUGCCCUCCAGGGUCUGAUGGGAGAAGCCAAUCUGCGUUAUGCUCGGCAGGAGUAUGACGAAGCUAUCAAAAUGUGCAUGGAAGUCAUUCGCCAGUUUUCUCAUUCUCCAGAGCCGUACCAAACACUAGGCAUGAUCUAUGAGGAGAAGAAGAUGGCAAACAAGAGUCUGCAGUUUCUGCUAAUUGCUGCAUUCCUCAGCCCUGAUGCUGAGGAGUGGGAGAAAUUGGCUGAUUUGUCACUGCACCAGGGUGACUUCCAACAAGCCGUGUUCUGUUGGGGUCGAGCCAUAAAAGCAAACCCCCAGAACCUUGACUACCACUGGGCUCGCUGCGACCUCUUGGAGCGCCUAGGAGAAAAAAUGAAGGCACUGAAGGGGUAUUCCCACAUGCUGAAGUACUUGAGAACUGACCAGGGCAAGGAUGGAUUAAAGCUAGCCAAAGAGAUUGCAAAGAUACACUAUGAGAAUAAAGAUGUCCACUUAGCCCGAGAUGCUAUGGAAACCGCCUUCAGGAAGUACCCAUCCUAUGUUACCCCAGAGGAUGUGAACUUAAUGCUUGAGGUGUUAAUGCAUCAACAGGAGUAUACAAAGUGUAUAGAGAUUCUUAUCAAUCAUGCAGGAGUUCAGCUUUUGAACAAGCAUGUUGGUGAAGAGGAAUUCCACAGUCGCAGUUUAGAGGAGCAGUUAUCCCAGGCAACUGAGUGUUAUGUUCCUGCAGACUUAUUGAUUGAUCUUCAUACAAAAUUGACUGUGUCCCUGAUUCAUGUGAAAGCAUUUGAAAUCAGUGCACCACUGGUUGAGCAGCUGAUGAAUGAGUCAGUGGAGGAAUUUGGUGACCUGUAUUUAGACAUUGCUGAAGCCUACAUGGAUGUUGAUUUCCACGAAGCUGCCCUCCAACUGCUGCGUCCACUCAUCAACUCGGAUCACUAUAAUGUUGCUGCUGUUUGGCUUCAGUAUGGGGAGAGUUUGGCAGCUGUUGACCAGAUGGAGGAAGCUGCUGAGGCAUACAAUAAGGUGGUGAGACUGGCGCCGCAGCAUGCCGAAGCCCGUCUGACUCUCUCCUCCAUCCUGCAGUCGCUUGGCCGCCUGGAUGAAGCUCUCCUCAUCCUGAACCAAGAGAGUGACUUUGAGCCUUUGGACUCGCAGCUCCUCUUCCAGCGAUGCAAGAUCCUGCUUGAUCAGAACCUUGUUGAUGAAUUCAUUAAUGCUGCUAAAUUGCUGUUCAGGAGGCAUUUUAUUCACAUUAGAAAUCGAGAUGAGGCAGAAGCCAUGAUCAGCAACAAGAAGCUGAGCAACAAAUACGAGGCCAUCAGAGAACUCCGGCGGUCCAAGAAUGAGAGUCUGGAGGACAAUGGACCAGCUUACACAGGGCCAGAUGUGUCCAUAGAAGAUCAGUGGGAACUCUUUACCAGUGUGUGUAAUAUCCUUCAUGAAAAGAAGAGGUUUGAAGAACUAGAAAGGAUGACUUUCACAGCUCUUGGGUCUAAAGAAUUUAUGAAGGACAAGGAACGUGCAAGAGAGGUCGAGUUCAUGUGCCUCUUAGCCUGUAUCUACAAUGAAAGCUCCUACUUUGCCUACAACAUUAUGAGAGAGCUGGUGAUCAAGAACCCUGAGAAUGUGAGAUGCUGGAACCUCCUCAACCUCAUCAUCUCCAAAGCAGACGACUUCCGCCACAACCGUUUCCUGCUUCGCCUGACCCACAAACACCCAGACCUGGUGGCCCUGGGAUUGCUCAACGGCCACAACUGUUUGGUGGCUGGCACCUACAAAUAUUCCUUAGCAGAGUACACAGGUGCCUUCAAGCAAGACCCAAGCAACCCCCUCAUUCCACUCAUGCUUGGACUGACAUUCACCCACAUGGCCUGCCAGAAAUUCAGUGGGAAAAAGCACUCGCUGGUCGUGCAAGCCUGCGCAUUCUUAAAUACUUACGUUGAGAUGCGCGGAGAGUGUCAGGAAUCAAUGUACAACUUGGGACGAGCCAUGCACCAGCUGAAUCUUCUCCCACAGGCUAUCCACUACUACAAGCAAGCUCUUACCUGCCAGCCCGUUGCAUCACUGGAAGGAGGCCCUAUGUUAGACCUCUCAAGGGAAAUUGCAUUUAACCUUGCAUUGAUAUAUCAGAACAGUGGCUCUCCAGAUUUGGCAAGAAUGUAUAUGUACAAGUACAUACAAAUUUAGUUUAUGAAUAGGGUGUACAUAUGUUGUAAUGAAUAUAUUAAUUCCUCUUUCAGACAGUGGGAAAUUCAGAAUUUGGGGGACCAAUAAGGCAAUCCAGUAGGGUAUUAGGAUAUAUUUAGAAAAUGUAUCAUGGUCACACAUUUGAAUAGGUUGUGUAUGUCAUCAAAGGGAGACUUUCCUUUCAGUAAGGAAUAUAGAGAGAAAUUAAGAAUAACAAGUAUAACCAAAGGAAUGUAUUAAUAGAUAAGAGAAAAAUGUGAGUGUGGCAUUAAGAAGAAAUAUUUAUUUUGUAAGUACUGUAUAUAUAUAUAUAGAACAACAUUUGGAUUAAUGUUCCUCAUAGGAAUGUGUAUGUGUGUGCGUGCCUGCAUGUGUGCAAUAAUUAUCAUGUUUUCCUCUCUCUGCAAAUUGUCUUUAGUCAUCAACAUGACAUCAAAAUAUAUUUAUAUCUUUUGUAAAUAGAUAAAUGAAAUAUGAUAAGAAUAUGUUGAAAAAUAAAGAUAUUACUUUAGA